GCGAAAGCAGCCGGUGGCUCCCGGGGAGCCGGGGUCCGAUCGCUCCCGGGGCGCCCUGCCCGCGGCGCACAGCCAGGCACAACCCCUCCCCGCCUCCGCUCGGGUGCUCACCGCAGACACCCCUCAAACUUUCCCCCGCAGCGUGCGCACACUCUUUCUCCCCUGCCGGGGGAAAACGUGCUCUCGCUCCCUCCGUGCAGCGGGGCCGGGGAGGCGGGCAGCCUGCCUUCCCUCCUCCCUCCCGCCCCGGCUCGCCCGCCCGCCGAAGCCUCGCCGAGGCUCCCGCAUUGCACCGCCGUGCCGUGCGCGGGGCUCGGCGCUGCCCACCCGCGCCCCGCCGGCGCCCCCGUCCCCGGCUGGCGGUAUGAGCGCCGGCGAGGCGAAGGAGUAUCUGGCCCGCAGGGAGAUCCCGCAGCUUUUCGAGAGUCUGUUGAAUGGAUUAAUGUGUUACAAACCCGAUGACCCAAUUGAAUAUUUGGAAAGCUGUUUGCAGAAAGUGAAAGAGCUUGGAGGGUCAGAAAAAGUAAAAUGGGACACUUUUGUCAGCCCAGAAAAGAAGAGCCUGCCUCCACUCAAUGGAGGACAAUCCAGGAGGUCUUUUUUCAGGAAUGUGAUGCCUGAUAAUUCUAACUUCCCAUACCGACGGUACGACCGACUCCCUCCAAUCCAACAGUUUUCAAUAGAAAGUGACACCGACCUCUCUGAGACUGCUGAGCUAAUUGAGGAGUAUGAUGUAUUUGAUCCUGCAAGACCUCGACCAAAAAUUAUCCUUGUCAUAGGUGGCCCAGGAAGUGGAAAAGGAACACAGAGUUUGAAAAUAGCAGAACGUUAUGGAUUUAACUACAUAUCCGUUGGUGAAUUGUUAAGAAAGAAGAUCCACAGCACAAGCAGCAAUAGGAAAUGGAGUCUAAUUGCCAAAAUAAUUACUACUGGAGAACUGGCCCCUCAGGAAACAACCAUAACCGAGAUAAAGCAGAGAUUAAUGCAGAUCCCUGAUGAAGAGGGUAUAGUGAUUGAUGGAUUUCCCAGAGAUGUUGCCCAGGCAAUCUCCUUUGAGGACCAAAUCUGUACCCCAGAUUUGGUGGUGUUUCUGGCAUGUUCCAGCCAAAGGCUGAAAGAAAGGCUACUGAAGCGUGCUGAACAGCAAGGGAGACCUGAUGAUAACCUGAAAGCCACUCAAAGACGACUAAUGAAUUUCAAGCAGAAUGCCGUCCCGUUGGUUAAAUAUUUCCAGGAAAAAGGGCUAAUCAUCACAUUUGACGCAGACAGAGAUGAAGAAGAAGUGUUCUCUGACAUAAGUUCGGCAGUUGACAAUAAACUAUUCGCAAACAAAGAGGCUGCAGCAGGGCCAAAUGAACUUGAUUGCAACCUGAUUAUGGAUUCUGGAGAUGCUGUUUAUACAGAAUUUGACUUUGAAGACCAGGAGGAGGAUCUGUCAAGUUUUUCUGGUUAUGAGAGCACAGGAGACUUUUCAGAAGAUCUGAGGAAAUCAAACAUCAUUUUUGUAGUCGGUGGCCCUGGCUCUGGCAAAGGUAGCCAAUGUGAACAGUUAGCCAAGAAAUACGGAUUUACUCACCUGUCCGCUGGUGACCUUCUCCAAAAUGAGUUAUCAUCAUUGUCAGAGAGAAGUAAAUUGAUCAAAGACAUCAUGGAAUGUGGUGAACCUGUGCCUGGCGGUAUUGUCAUAGAGCUACUGAAGGAAGCCAUGGUUUCCAAGUUAGGGGACACAAGAGGAUUUCUGAUCGAUGGGUUUCCCCGGGAGCUGAAAGAAGCAGAAGAGUUUGAAAACAAGAUUGGGGAACCAAAACUUGUGUUCUGCCUGGACUGCUCUGCAGAAACCAUGAGCAGUCGCCUCCUGACGAGGAAUCAGAGCAGUCAGAGCUCUGAUAACGCCGAUACCAUCAAGGAAGGAAUCGAAAGCUAUUACCAAGCAUCAAAACCUGUGAUUGCAUACUACGAAAGGAAGAAACAGUUAUGCAAGGUUGAUGCAGAAGGAACACAGGAGGAUGUUUUUCUGGAAGUCUGCGGGACAAUUGACUCUUUUCUGAAAAAGGAGGAGGCAGCAUUUUCGUUUUCAACAGAAACGCAGUGACGGUUCACGCACAGCCUGACCUCACGUGCGCCCGAGCGGCGUGACUGAAAUGCUGCUCAGAGCAAUACUGCUUGCUUGAGAGUAUCUGGAAUUUGUGCAUGUGGUACGUUAUUUUAGAUGAAAUCGUUCUUCUCUGUUCUGACAACACGCUCAACAGAGGGUGGUCUGUGUGCUAAACUCUACACUAACAACAGCCUAUCGUUGUAUUGGUUGGUUGCUCUUCCCGGGUUUAAAGCAGCAUGGUGAGUGAGCAGCAGCUCUGGUUUGUACUUCACCAGCUCUUUUUGAUGUCAGCACUGAGCUCUUCAACCACACCACUCAUCAUUUAGCAUGAUAAGGUUACUGCAGACACGGUCCCCAUUGGGUAUUAUUUGCUUUUAAUUACCACUAUUGAUUCUUGUGGUAUCACUUAGCUUGUUCGUGGGGUUUAGCGACUAAAAUCUGUUCUGUUACACGCAGCUUUAAGACAGCUGGAAUUAGUCAAGGUAAAAGGCAAAAUAAACUUUCCACGUGUCCCCAGAACACUGUUACAAGCAGCAGAAAAACUAGUGGAAGGUGAAGAUACGGUCGAAUGUUGUGGAAGCGCGUCAAGCCUUUACUGCAGAGCAGCCACCAUUUCCGAGACAGCCUUGUCUUCUGCUGGGAAUUGUAGGAUGUUAUAAAUUACGACCUCCCAGUUUCGUGAGCUGAGUUGAAAACGAUGUGUUGUACAGUUUAAUGUGUAAUCCAGUAAUUAUCCAUAUUAGCAGCUUUGCUAUAUGAAGUCUACAUAUAAACUUGACCGUGAGCCAGAAUGUAUGAAGAUGUCUUUAAAUCAUUCUUUGGAAGUACUUCAAAUGCAAAAUUCAGAUCAUCAUCUGUUGUCUUGUACUGGCGUUGCCAAAACUUGGGGGAGGGGGGAAGGAAAAUGUUGGGGGUUAUUUGAUUCGUAUUGCCUGCAUCUUUAGUGAGCCGUUUACCCAUAACGUCUGCAAAAAAGUCUGUAAAAAUCAUAUCAUAUUUCCAUUAAUUAACCAAAAUAUUGUGGAGUUUCUUUGGUAUUCUGCUAGCUAAAUAAAAGCUCGUUUGACAUGCCUGUAAAGUAAUUGCAUCCUCUUACUGGAACUACUGGAUGAAUUCACAAUUGAAUUGGGUUGCAUGAUUGCUUUCCCUGUCAAAGUUGUACUUUAUGCAGCAGAUUUGUAUUUUUAAAGUUACCUUUCUUGGAAUGAAGACAUAAUGCAAAUAAACCAUGUACAAAAAUGA